AUGUGCACCUGCGUUUAUGAGAACAGCGUUAUGGUAAAACACUAUGGGCCAAUGGCGUUCUUCUUCACGGUAACGUCGCUACUGACCGUAGGAUCAUUUGUGAAUCGAGGAGCUUUCGUUAGUCCGUUGGCUCCGAUCGAAGCCUUCCUCUAUGGAAUCAUCGGCCCAACGCGAACUGCUGGUGCUUCUAUCAGCGGAGGCAAUUGGAGGCUUCAGUGCUUUUCGUAUAGCGCGAACUCUCUGGUAUCACACACUGUCCUAUUCCACUGCUCAUUUAGAGAACUUCACAAACACUGCUUGCAGUCUAAAUUACAAGAUUGCAUUUCCUCUAGUAAUCUGCUUCGAAAUAGUUGGAUGUUUCCUUCUCCGUCUCAUCUUGCCGAAUCUCCCUCUUCGUGGAAAGUCUUACACCGUCUCAGCAGUAGUAGCCGCUUUUCUGUCAUU